AAGCGAGUCCCUCCUCCCCUUUUUAAGCCGCCAGAGAAGGAGGCACCGCCGCCGCUCGCCACCAUCCCCGACCACGCCCCGUCCCUGCGCCGCUCCGCAGACGGCGGCCGUGCUAUCCAUCGUCGUGUUGCCGGGCCGCCUCCCUCCUGAUUCUAUCAAUCCCUCCCCAUGGCGUUCUGGGGCGUGGAGGUGAAGCCCGGGAAGCCGUACACCCACAGCUACAACCCUUCCCAUGGCCGUCUCCGCAUUUGCCAGGCCACAUUGGGCAGCUGCGAUGCUGCUACAAGGACAGUGGUGCAAUGCAUUGUGGGCAACAAGAAACCCAUCAUACUUUGUAGUUUGAAUCCUAAAUUGGCUGAGAUGUGCCAUCUCGAGAUUGAGUUGGAGGAGGUCGACGAGGUUCUGUUUUCAGUACUUGGCCAGAGUUCUGUGCAUCUCUCAGGAUAUUACCUCCGGCCAGGCAGUAGGGGCAAUGCAGGGGAUGAAGACUCAGAAUCUUAUGGAGAGGAUGUUGGAGAGUCUGAUACAGACCAAGACUAUGAAGGGAGUGAGGACAGUUAUGAAUCUGACUUCAUUGAUGAUGGUGACAAUGAAGUACCCGAGGACAGUGAUGUUUCUGAUUCUAUGGAUGAUGGUGAUGUAUGCUCAACCCCCGAUCACCGCAAGCAAGAUUCUGAAAAGCAUGCUCGUAAGGUUAAAAGACAGCGGCGCUUAAAGAAGAAGCAACAAGUUGACAGCUCCGCUGACAAGAUUGCUGAUUCUCCAUCAAAGCCUGCUGCCAGGCGCAAACGUGGCUCAAUAUUUGAUAGUGCCAGUGAAGAUGAGGACUUUUUGGCCCAGAGUGAAGAAAACUUGCCUACGCCUGUUUCCUUGGCUAAGAAAACUAAUGGUAAAGUUUCAGAGGAAAUCAAACCUGGAAAUGUUACGUCGAAUGAUGAAGCCAAAAAACGGAGUAAAAGUGAUAAGAAAAGAAAAAGUGAUGCCAUCAAUGAGGAUCCUGCAUCUCCAGUGGAUGUAACAGAGAUCAAUGGAUCAUCGGUUCCAAAACAGGAAGCUGAAAUAAAAAAGAAAUCCAAGAAAAAGAAGAAAACUCUAGAGGCAGAAGAUGGAAAGCAUUCAAACAACAUAAGAACAUUGGAAGAUGGGCUGGUCAUAGAAGAUCUGUCAGCAGGAAACCAAGAUGCCAAAGUGGCUUCAGAGGGCAACAAGGUUUAUAUCAAUUAUGUUGGCAAGCUGCAGGAUGGAAAAACUGUUCAUUCUAAUGGCGAGGAAAAGCCCUACAAGUUUAAGCUUGGUUCUGAGAAAGUGAUGCGUGGAUGGAACCUCGGUAUUACUGGUAUGUGCGUUGGAGAGAAGAGGAGGCUAACCAUUCCCCCAUCCCUGUGCGACAAUGGUGGUAAAUCGGUCGUAGAAUUGCCCAAAGAUUCAACAAUCAUCUAUGAAGUGGAGUUGGUGAAAGUCCGGUGAAACGCGCAAGCUUCUCGUUCUUGUUUUACGCCGAAGGCCGGAGCAUGGAUUUUUGUCGAGCUACAGAUGGAGAUUGUGUGGUUUGUUCCGCAUAGGCUAUGUGUUUUGUUCCGCAGAACUGUUGUGUGGGCGAAGAGUAUUAAGAAUUUGAUGAGCAUUCGAGUUAGCAAAAAGAGAUGCUUUAUAUAUCCUGUGUACUGAACUGGACGAGACGGUGGUCAGUGAGUUUAAGGUCUGGUGGAGACUAGCACCCUGGUCAGUUUGUGGGAUGUUUCCGUGCAAUUCUGUCGAAUGUGAGAAUUCCAUCUGGUUCCUGUCGA